GUGAAUCGGACACAGCUGUCUGUGCAGCUCACAACAUUGUUAACUGGACUGGAGGAAAUGAUCACAGGAGAAAUUAAUGGUCGAGGGAAGCUGGUCUUGGAUGCUUGUGACACAGCUGUGAGGAAAUCCCAGGAACUGGCGAGACGUAUUCCAAAGGGGAGGGCAGCAGAACGUGCUGAGAAGGCACUGCAGCAGGUGCAUUUCCGAUGGGAGAAUGUAAAGAAGAGUGGUUUAGAGGAUUGGCUUCGGAACGGAGAAGAUGCAGAGGUUCCGAUGCGUGUGGAUGCAUCUCUUACAUCCCUCGUUGAUACAGCUCGUUCAGCAUGGCGUGUUGCAUGCCUUGGAGUCAACACGUCAACUUCGGCGCCAUUAGUGGAGUCUGCAGUGGCUAUGGCUUCUGAACGCAUGGCUGAUUAUUGUCAUUUCUUGGAGGUAAAAGCUUUGAGGAACAUGACUUUGGGCUGUCGCUCUGGUCUUACAAUCAAUAAAUAUUUAGAAGAAUUCCCAGGGCUGAUUCAUUUUCUGUAUGUAGACCGUGCCUCCCACCAGUUGACAUCUCCCACAUUAUUAACUGAGGAGCCAGGAGACUUGACUAAGGACUCAGAUUCCUCAGCAAAUGGUGCUAGAGCUCUCACAGUUGCUCGAGUGUGGUCCAUGGUUGAGUUUGCACGCACUCACUUAACAAAGGGCCAUCUAUCACUUAUGUGGAAGGACACCACUUUUAGUUAUGCAUAUUUCCUUUGGUUUGAAGACAGUGGUGGAAAUCCCUUGAAGCCAGGUGAAUUAGGGGAGAGCAUAAACGAGACACUGCCUCUACCCGGCGUACUCUGUGACGACUUCUACAGAUCCCUUUGUGUCCAGACCUUCCCUGGCAUGGAUCCAAGUCGAAUACGCGUGUAUGAGCUUUUUUGUGUUCACUUGGGGUUGGCCACCUCGCCCUGUGUGCUGGAACAUACACGCCGUCUUGCUGCCACUAUAUGGGAAGUUACUGGACCAAUAGAUGCUAACCCAGCAGACCUGCUAUAGUAUUAAUUGAAAUAUAAAAUAAACUAAUAUUUUUGUUCCAUGUUGUUCAUUAAGCUCUUGUAUGGUUCUCAUGGUAUGAUAACUCUUAUUUGUUUAGUUUUGAGGAAUUGUUAGAAUUUACAGUACCCAAAGGAAUGUAACAUGUCGUUAGUAUAUUAUAUGUAUACAGAUAUAAUCAAUUCUUAUA